AUGGCGCAGGGAACCGUCUCUCUUCCUCGAUCCGGGAUCUCUGCCGUCUCUGCGUUCACUCUCGCGAGCUGUCUCCUCCUGUCUCCUCUUGCGCUCUUCUUCCUUUCCGUGACUGCCUCUCAAACACCCCCUGCGCCCCAGACAAACUACGAGGCGUCAUAUCAAGCGUCUCCACCCUCUCCUCCUUCUCCUCCCUCGCCCCCUUCUCCUCCUGUUGGCGCCGAGAGCUACGUUCCUCCGAACGAGCAGGGGAGAUAUCGAGAGGCUCCUCCGUCGUCAGUGCAGAAUCUCGCUUCGAGUUAUCAGUCUGGCGGACGAGCUGGAGAGGCGCCUUACGCUCCGCAGACUGGUGACGCCCAGGCUCAUGGAGGCGCCUACGUCUCUCCUCCCGCCGCGGAGGAAGGUGCUCCCCUCGUCCCGCCGGUCGCCGCCCCCGGAGACUCUAGCGCUGCGCGGCGGAAAGAGAGAGGCCAGCCGCUCUGGCAAGAGACCGUCGGAUCCGUCGAACUGUCGAGGCACUCCUGGGCUGCGCCUCUCGACUUCGAAGCGAUUCAGAGUGACUGGGAUGUGGCGAUGGCGACGGUGCCGGCCGAGAGCUACCUCGUUCUCACGCCGGCGGUUUCGAAUCGCACAGGACAGUUCUGGCACCGAAGGCCGCUGAAGACGAGCAACUUCGAGAUUCAGUUUGGAUUUGGAGUCUACGGCGAUGACGCGGCGUACAUGGACAUCGCGGCCGGGCGCGCGCCGAGACCGGGGGAGGUGACGCACUUGGUGGGGAAGCCAGAGGGCUUCGCUUUGUGGUACGUCUACGACGAGUACGCCAAGGUCUUUCCAAAGUCGGUCGAAGAAGAGAAAGAGUGGACGCUCUUCGGGUACAAGAACCGACCCAGAGGCCUCGGUGUGUUCUUCAAGAUGUUCGAUCGAUACGGACAACUCCGGCCCUCCAUCUCCAUCUUUUACAACGAGUACGGCAACCGAGUGCUCGACGCCUCUAGAGACAUUCCUCUCCCCGCUGGCGUCUUCUACAAGUACCGAAACCUACCCGAGCCGGCAGUGUUUAAACUUGCAGCGGGGCCGGGGGGCGUCGUCGGCGAGAUUCGAACGAGCAGUGGCGGCGCGUGGCUGACUUGUUUCCACUUGAAAGAUGUUCGCUUGAAGGCUGGUGGUUUCUUGGGUUUCACGGCGUACAACGGACCUGAAGCGUCCUCGCUGGUGCCUCCGUCGGCGGGGGUGGAGAAACAGGGGGGCGGCAUCGCUGACCUCGUCGUUCUCUACUUCGUGAAAGUCUGGAACUUGGACCUGAGUGUGCGAGGGGAAGACGACGCGGCAGUGGCGCAGGAACUGACAGACAUCCCUGUCGACGACAUGCUCAAAGCGCACUCGGUCCACAGAGACGACAAAGCUCUCGCAGACGCCCUCAAACAUCUCACCCGAAUGAUGUACAAACAUAUCGCCGAGCAAACGCCCAGGGAGCAAGCGAUGCAGCGAACGAUCAACUCUUUGUUUUCUCAUGUGACUCGGCUGUCGACAGAGCUGAGGGAAAUGAAGAAGGAAAUUAUCAGCCAUCUCCAAGCCACUCCUAGUUUGGCCAAGAGCGGGGCGGACUCUAAGGCAGGCGGGGGUGCGGAGCAUGCGCUGCACACGGUCAGGACCGAGCUCCAUGGAUUGAAAAAUUUGCUGGCGCAGCAUUCCCAAAUUCACCGAGACUCUCUUCACACGCUUCAACAGAAAGUUGAGGCUGCCAGGUCCACAGGUUCGGCGGGAGCUGUCGCGCCAGAGCUCAGGGAGUUGGCUAACCGGGCGCGGGAGCUGGAGGCGACGAUUGCAGCAAAGGAGCACUUUUCGUUUUUCAUGACCAUCGGGAUGAUUCUCGUUCUGCUUGCUUUUGCGCUUUUUGUGUGGAAGCGCUUCCGCGACAUGGAGAAAAAGCACUUGCUUUAAACGCAGUUGCUGCCUGUCAGUUUCCGAGCUCGACAGCGUACUCCACAGCUUGCCGGGUGUAUGUACAGUUCGGAGUUCGUCCUCGCUUCACUGAGAUACGGGCGUGUCUCGCGUGCGUACAUGUUUGCAUUCUGUGUGUUUUUGUGUGCACACCCUUUUGGACUGAAGCUGCGGUGGCACACACGUCGGUCUGGCAUGUGCGCCCGCACAAAGACACGGAGGGGUCUCUGCAAUCCGCGGGAAACAGUUCUCUUUUCAAGUGUAGAGCUUCGUACACAAAUUCGUGCGUAGGUCUGUUUGUGUGUUCGGAAUGGAACCUUUUCUCCACGGGUGCACAGAGAAAGAGUGGGAUCGAUGCAAUCAGUUCAAUCAAUGGUCAGUUCUUGUGUGACCUGAGGUCAGUACGCAACAUCGGUGUUGUGUGUCGCCGUGUGUCUCUCGACACACAGAGUGCGUCUAUAUGAAGGCAAUGCUUC